CGUCGGUUCCUCGGCGCUUGUCGGGCUAUUGUUGUGUGUCUUUGGGGAGACCCUGACCCAUCAGCGGGCGGUGAUUUGUGGAUAUUAUAACUGGUUUGCUUGGCUCUCUCCGCCAUAUUAAGCGGCUUUUCUCAGCUGGCGGCGUGUCCUGCUUUUUAAAAGGAAUAUAAAGCAGCCCAGCGGAGGACUUUGUGCCGGGGAAAUAGUUAAUCGUUAUGGGACGGACGGGCGACUGAGAUUCACUGAGAGGAACCGCUUCUUUCGGCCGGCUGCUCUUCUCUGGCGUGUCGACGUGAAGUCAAGAAGAAGCUCACAGGACGCAUGUCGCCGAAGUGAAACGCUGCACACGUCGCAUUCAAGGCUCGACCAUGGGUUGCGUCCGGAGUAAAGAGGACAAGGGCCCGGCGCUAAAGUACCGACCCGACAACUCCAACGCCACGCCGAUCAACACCCACCUGGGCCACUACGGGCCCGACCCCACCGUGAUGGGCCACUCGCCGGCGAUGAAGACGCACAACAACAGCUACAACAGUCACGCCGCCGCCCUCACGCCCUUCGGCGGGGCGUCAUCCAUCAUGACGCCGUUUGGCGGGGCCUCCUCCUCCUUCACCUCGGUGGCUGUGAGCAGUCCCUUCCCCGGGGUCAUCCCAGGGGGUGUAACGUUUUUCGUGGCGCUGUACGACUAUGACGCGAGGACGACGGAUGAUCUGUCAUUCAAAAAAGGGGACCGCUUCCAGAUUAUCAACAACACGGAAGGCGACUGGUGGGAGGCUCGCUCCAUCAACACCGGGCAGAAAGGUUACAUCCCCAGUAACUACGUGGCUCCAGCCGACUCCAUACAGGCGGAAGAAUGGUACUUUGGGAAAAUGGGUCGCAAAGACGCCGAGCGGCUCUUAUUGCUUCCAGGGAACCAGCGGGGCACUUUCUUGGCGAGAGAGAGUGAGACGACCAAAGGUGCCUACUCGCUGUCUAUCCGGGACUGGGAUGAGGUGAAGGGAGACACCGUCAAACACUACAAGAUCCGAAAGCUGGACAACGGCGGUUAUUACAUCACCACUCGGGCCCAGUUUGAGGUGCUACAGAAGCUGGUGAAACACUACACAGAACACUCUGACGGCCUGUGCUACAGGCUGACGACCGUGUGCCCCACGGUGAAGCCUCAGACUCAAGGCCUGGCUAAAGAUGCCUGGGAGAUCCCACGAGACUCUCUUCGACUCGAGCUCAAACUGGGCCAGGGCUGCUUCGGAGAAGUCUGGAUGGGCACGUGGAAUGGCACGACGCAGGUUGCGAUCAAGACCCUGAAGCUGGGCACCAUGUCUCCAGAGGCCUUCCUGCAGGAGGCUCAGAUCAUGAAGAAGCUGCGGCACGACAAACUGGUGCCUCUCUACGCCGUGGUGUCGGAGGAGCCCAUCUACAUCGUGACGGAAUUCAUGGGCAAAGGUAGUUUACUGGACUUCCUGAAGGAGGGAGACGGUAAAUACAUGAAGCUGCCCCAGCUGCUGGACAUGGCCGCUCAGAUCGCAGACGGCAUGGCCUUCAUCGAGAGGAUGAACUACAUCCACAGGGACCUGAGGGCCGCCAACAUCCUGGUGGCUGAUAACCUGGCCUGCAAGAUCGCAGACUUUGGCCUGGCUCGACUCAUCGAGGACAACGAGUACACCGCCAGACAAGGUGCCAAAUUUCCCAUUAAGUGGACGGCCCCUGAAGCGGCUCUGUACGGCCGCUUCACCAUCAAAUCAGACGGCUGGUCGUUUGGUAUUCUGCUGACGGAGCUGGUGACCAAGGGCCGAGUACCAUACCCAGGGAUGGUGAAUCGAGAGGUCCUGGAGCAGGUAGAACGAGGUUACCGCAUGCCCUGCCCCCAGGGGUGCCCCGAGUCCCUCCAUGAGAUGAUGAGGCAUUGCUGGAAGAAGGAUCCGGACGAAAGGCCGACCUUCGAAUACAUCCAGUCGUUUUUGGAAGACUACUUCACAGCCACGGAGCCACUGUACCAGCCAGGAGACAACCUCUAGUCUGGGGGAUUUUAUGGGGGGGGGGCGGCGGCGGCAUCUUAAUAUGGGGGAACAUCAGUGGCGAACAAAGCGGUGGGAUAACGGAGAACUUCAACAUGGGGGGGAGGGGAGGAGCCUUGAUGAGGCUUCAGAGAAAGAGGUUUUCAGGCGACAAACUAGUCCCUAAACCACACGGGUAUGUCUGCGAGAGCAGGAAGACGAUGUCUUCUGAAGUAGAGGGUUGUCCCCUGGUUGUCUCCCCGGGGGAACAAUAUGUGGGGGAGUGUCCAUCUGGUGCUCGCAUGAGAAACUGGGAACCCCGCUGAUCCGAAUAAUUCAUAUAAACUGGCCACAACACUGUGAUGAGAAUAAGAGGGAGUGUCUUCUAAUUUAAAAUCAAUGGCUUCUUCCAGAUUAUUUUUUACGUUUUUUAAAAUUUUUUUUAGAUGGUACAUUUCACCUCCUUCAAGCCCCACCCCUUUUACACAGUUCUUUGAUAUUGCAGUCGAGAUCUUUUGUAUGCGCGAGUUUCGGUUGAAUCUGUAAGUUGACGGGUUAUGUGUUCGAGUCGUCAAGUGUGCGUGUGUAUAGCGGUGAUGGAGAAGGUGUGAGGUGGAGUACACGAGUACUUUGUGGAUGGACGAAUGUACCGGGGGGUCGAUGCCGAUGUACAUAAAGAAUGUGCACAAAGAUGUAUUUUUAGCACGUGUGAGCAGGGGGAUGAAUGAGAAGACCGUGUUAAACAUCUUACACAUUAUAUUUAAUACGGUCACUUGAAUGGCAAAUCACGACGGCUUUAUUAAACUUUUUCCUUCUUUUUUAAAUUUUAUUUAAACAGGGACUUGAAAUCAUAAAGAGGUAUUUUGCUAAUGUACACAUGCGUAAACAUUUUUUUCCUGUUUAACAUUUUAUAAAUGUUUUGACAUUUCAGCUGUGAAAAAGAAAAUAGCAUCUCUUCUUUUGUUCGGUGCACAUUCUGUCGACAUCGACGGUUCAACGUUGCAGAACCUGACGGAUGGUCUAGAAAUCUGUGGCAUCUCUUACACAUUCACAUCAUCAGGUAAAUCAUAGACGCAGCUGUUGGUUUCUUUUAUUCCACCACGCUAUGACUUAACACGUGUCUUUAGUUCUGAGUUUACAACGACAAACUAUGAUUUUAACUUGUAAAUGCAACUAUGCAAAAUCAACCAGUGAUCGUUUCAUGGAACUAAAAGUGCGAGGCGGUAUUUGCCCGUCUUAUCUCCAUUCCCAGUUGUAGAGAUGAUGGAUCACUUCUGGGGUGAAGUAAGUAGAACCAGACAAAACAAACGGCUUCACGUCGGGGAUGUAGAGAAUACGAGUCUGAUAACGCGUCGUUGGAGGUACUUUCACUGUCGGUCCAGCAGUACGGGACAGCCGAGGAGGUGUGAAGGCAUCUUCUCAUUGUCAUUCAAUAAGUGAGCUUAAUUGGACAAAGAUGUGAACUUUUUUUGUUUGUUUGUUCUGUGUGUCGCUUACAAGAACCUAAUAUGUGAUUGUUCCUCAAGAUGGGACUUGAACUAGUGGGGAGAUGAUUUUGAAAUAACUGAGAAUGCUAACUAAUAUGAUUUUGUACAGAAAAAAAUUAAAAGGUUUACUCAA